AUGGGCCAAAUCAAGAUGGAACUAAAGGGUAGUGUUGACAUCUCGGCAAUGCCAGGUGGUCUCUUCCUUUUUAAGUUAACUACGAAGAAAGACCUGAUCUUUGUCCUCUCAGGCUCCUGGGCAUAUGGGAAGCAUUUCCUAACUCUAGCUAAAUGGAAGUCUGGUUUUGACCCCUCAGCUGAACUCAACCGCAUGGCUCCUAUUUGGGUUAGACUACCUGGUCUACCGCUGGAAUUCUGGGAUGAACAGAUCUUCCGCUGGAUUGGAAACUCAUUCGGUAGCUAUGUUACAACAGAUUUGGUCACUCUGGCUAAAUCCAGGUUGCUUUAUGCAUGUUUUUGUGUUAAUGUUGCGAUUAACAAAGCUCUCCCUAAUUUUGUUUCUCUAAACUCGAAUUGGGGAAAAUGGUCCCAUGCCAUUGUUUAUGAAAAUGCUACCCUUUUCUGUCAAAAGUGUGCUAAACAAGGGCACACUUAUGUUGAGUGUAAGACCCAGGAGUUUGCAGAACCCAAGCUGAAAGAAAAGGUUAUUAUAGAUGAACCCAUCAACCCAAGUGCUCCCUCUUCAUCAGCCUCCUUGGGACUGCAUAAUGCAAAAGAAAUCCUUGAUGACUACCCCCACACUGAAAAGAUCCUUGAGAUCUUAAAAACCCUAGUUGAUUAUGUGAAGAAAGUUAGCCUAGUUGUACCCCUGGAAGAGGGUGAAAUCCCUUCGGCUAUUCUCUGA